AUGGCUGAUGGUGGAGAUUAUCUGCAAAUCACUUCGCCUACGGUAUGGAGUCUUGAUGGGUUCGCUGAUUGGUGCGUGUCUUACGAGAGGCUCGAGAGAAACAAAAUGAAGAUCGUGGACUACAUGAAGAAAGGACUCAAAAACGUUAUUAACAACAAUAUGAUUAAGAAUGAUAUACGACAGAAAGCCACUGAACUAUUCAAAGAGUUUAAGACAUGGAAAUCCUCAAGAAAAACAACAGAUUACUUCCAGUUUAUUGAGGAUUAUGAUCAGACACAGAAGAAGUUGACAUCAAUCGAAAAUGAGAAGACUAUUGAGCUGGCUGAAAUACAACGCCUUAAGGUUACUCAAAAUCGGAAUCACGUGGAAUUAAUAAUGAAAAUUCAUCAACAAAUUACUGACGAUAUCGUAGCAUUUAGUCAGAACCAGAAUAACGACUCAUCUCAAACUGGAUAUCACACACCCGAACCAUAUAUUACGUCGGAAGAGGAAGAAGAAAAUUCAUCCUAUUAUAAGUCGCCAAGGCGCAUUCGUAAGCGACCAAAACUAAAUCCUUUCAUAGCUGAUUCAGGGGAAACAAAUAACGGCUGUGAUUUACAAGAUAGUGACGAUGAAUAUAAUGCUGAUCAGACAAUCGUUGGCGGAAAAAGCGUCGAUUGGAUUGUAAACGGUAUCUGCAUUAGGGAAAGGCUCAAACAAUACCAGCUACAGAAGAACCCUUCAAAAACAAGUCCAGAAUAUUACGAUGUCAUAUUCUUUAACUCUAACGAUAAAGACGGUUUUUUAGCAACUUUAGAUGAAAAUAUUGUAGAACAGAUGCUUAACGAUAUAAGAAGGAACGAAGAUACAACAGAAAAUAAUGCAGGUCAUGAUCUUAAGCUAUUUUUGAAUACUAUCAUUGAUCGCGAUAUCAAAAAGACAAAGGAAAACAUCGAAAAGAAAAUAGAUGUCUCUUCAUUUGAGACAAAGUUUGCGUUGAAUUUUGUAAGGUUAAUGGUAAAUUUAAUGGAAAAUGUGAACUUGCUUCUUGAUAAAAUGUCUGAUGGAACAUACAUAGUUAAUGUAGUAGGUCCGAUCCUCUCUGAGUUCUUUAUUAAAAACAAACGAAGUUGGUAUGCAUCUUACGGGGAAACAUGUCUGAAAGCAAGCGCAAAAGAUCGUAAUUUGCAAAAAUCAGAUAAUGAGCGCCGAUCCACCGGGAGAAAAAUAGAUGCUAUUAUAACACUGAGAGAAGAAGAUGAGGAAUUUUCCAUAAUCGAAGUUAGCGGUCCACCAGCGAAGAAGGACUGGUCGCAUUUUAAGGAUGAUAGGAUGAAGCUUACGAAAAUACUAAAAACCUUAAUAAAUCGAUUGGCAGAAUUAAGACCAAAUUCUGAUAUCACAUCAGUUAGGUUGUAUGGGUUACAGUCAUAUUUGAAUGAAUUUAUAGUUUAUGAAUUUCAGCUAAAAUAUGCUGAGAUUUAUACGAUGAAGUCAGUACUAGAAUUUCCUUUACCAAAAACGUGGAAAGACAUGGGAAAGGCUCACGAAAUUGUGAUGAGCUUGUUGAAAUACGAGUCUUUGUUAUCUGAAAGCGCAAGCACUAUACGAGACUUUUUGUGGGCCGAAGGUAAUAGAGUCGGCUCUUUCAAGAAAAUGACAACACGAAUUAUCCAUACUCCCAGAGGCGAGAAACGAACUGAAAGCACCGAAAUUACGAAAAGAAAGAAAAUACGUGCAAACUAA